AUGGAGCUUCUAUCUAGUUUGCUUAUGAAUGCUGCGACUAAUCAUGUGAUUUCAGGGGUUAAAGCUGCUAGAAAUGCACCAGGUAUAACUCACCUUUUGUUUGCAGAUGAUAUUCUCAUAUUUUCUAAGGCAGAUAUGCAUAAUAUACAAGGUAUUUUGGAUGUUCUUGCUAAAUUUGGUAUGUACUCUGGCCAAGUCCUCAAUCUUUCUAAAUCCAAUGUAUAUUUUAGCAAUAAUAUUAACCCUGAGGAUAUAAAUUUUCUUGCUAAUGCACUUAGAAUGGAGGAGAUGAAAGAUAAUGAUAAGUACCUAGGAGUUACUCUCCUUAUAGGAAGAGAUAAAACUAAGGCCUUUAAACCCAUUAUUCAAUCUUUUGUCUCUAGAUACAAAAAUUGGAAAGGUAAAACCAUGAACCACUCUGCUAGAACCACUAUGGUUAAACAUGUGCUUAACACUCUUCCUUCUCAUCAAAUGGGUAGUUUUAGAAUUCCUAAAAAGUUGAUAACUCAGAUGGAUACUCUGCAAAGACAGUUUUGGUGGGGUAAAGAAAAAGAUCUUUAUUUCAUUGGUUGGAGUAAGCUUAUGAUACCAAAAGCUCUAGGUGGUCUAGGCUUUAGAAACUUAGAACAUUUUAAUACUGCCCUUCUUUCUAAAGUGGCUUGGAGAUCCUGUAAUGAUGAAGAGUCUUUAUGUUUUAAAGUUCUUAAGGCUAAAUACUCUAAAGAUGGUAGCUUUCUACAUUUGGAUAAAUUAAAGGAUGAAUGUUCUUGGCUUUGGAGAGGUUUGUUUUCUGGAUUAGAAAUAAUAAAACAACACACAAUCUGGGCUGUCAGAUGUGGUACUAAAAUUAGCAUUUGGCUAGACUGCUGGGUUAUAGGAUUAAAUAGCCCACCUUUUCCCAUUGUUGGUGCAUCUAGCUAUAAUAAUUUUAACUUGAUUCCCACUUCUGGUGAAGAUUUCAUUAUAUGGAAACCUGAUAGAAAAGGCAAAUUUUCUGUUAAAAGUGCAUAUAACACCAUUUGUGCUGAUGAUGUUAACUCCAUUAUCUCAAUAGAUAGCACUCCUAAAGAGAUUGAUAUUAUAGCAGCUAAUUUUCAUUCUGUUCAGGACUGGAUUAUCACUUGGUUCUCAUGUGAUGCUAAUAAUGAUAAUGUGUUAUCCUUACAUAAUGCAAGAUAUGUCUGCAGAUUAAUGUGCACAAUGUGGUACAUCUGGAAAGACAUAUGUUCUCUAAUCUUUCAAGGAGAAAAGGCAAAUGUUCAAAGCACAACUGCUAGAAUCAGAAAUCUUAUAGCUCAGUAUGCUGAUUAUACUGUUUCUAUGUCUAAUACUCUUAAUUGUUUUAAAAUAAAAUUUUGGGUUCCCCCUGAGAAAGAGUUUGUGAAAGUUAAUAUGGAUGGCUCUUACAUUCCAGAUACUAUAAAAGGAAGCAUUGGUUUAAUAAUUCGUAAUUGUGCAGGUAACUGUAUAGGUGCUCGAGGUAUGACGUUUAAUGUGGAAGUGGAAGAGGACUAUGGGGCUGAGCAUUUCGAAUGUAAAACAAUGGAGUUGGCUUUAGACUGGAUGGAUGAGCUGCAGCAAGAUAGAGUGAUUUUCGAAUCAGACUGUGAUAAUGUAAUAAAUUCUGUCAAGGAACAACAAUCACAGGUUCAUUGGUUCAAUUCUAGUAUUGUUGAGAGAGUGAAACUUAAGUGUAAUAGAGUCAGUAAACUUUGGUUCUUUAAUGUUGUUCAUAGGCUUGGAAAUAAUGUCGCUCAUUCCUUAGCUCGUAAAGCAAUUGAGGAUGAAGCAAAUUUCUGUUUCUUGUCAGAUUUCCCAGAAGUGAAAAAUACUAUAACCCCCUACUAUAUCAACACAUAG